UUUCUACCACCAUCUCCUAGAGGAUUCUUGGCUUGUCAUCUACAGUGCUCGUAUAAAAGACCUUGGAACGGGGAAGGAAUCACCAACUAACAUAAUCGCAUCUUCCUCUUCAAGUGUCAUCAUGGCUCCCGUCGCGAUCGAGACUCCUGUGCACACAAAUGGCACAAAUGGCGCCUCGUCUGACUCGGUCAAGAAGGUCCAACAGGAAACAGAGCAUGUACACGACAUUGAUCCCUCUAAGCUCACCCUUCACCUCAAGUCCGAACUGACACCAGUGCCGGCACCGGAGACUCUGACCUUUGGGACAGUCCACACGGACCACAUGCUCGUCUUGAACUACUCUCCCGAGCUCGGCUGGUCCGCACCUUCCAUCGAGCCCUACGGACCGAUGCAGGUCGACCCUAUGGCAUCCUGCAUUCAGUACGCGACAAAUAUCUUUGAGGGGAUGAAGGCAUACAUGGGUGCAGAUGGACGACCGCGACUGUUCAGGCCGGAUCUGAACAUGGCACGUAUGAAGCGCAGCGCGGAUAGGCUUGCCCUCCCGCCGUUCGACGAGCAAGCACUGCUCAAGCUGAUCAAGACACUCGUGAUGGUGGAGAAACGGUGGAUCCCUACUGCACCAGGAUGCAGCCUCUACAUCCGCCCAACCAUGUUCGGCACCCGUUGCGGCUUCGGCGUAACUCCCUCGACGUCCGCCACGCUACUUGUUAUCCUCUCCCCCAGUGGUCCCUACUUCCCGGGACCUGUCCGCCCUAUCUCCCUCUACGCAGAGUCGCGCGUUCGCCGUGCUUGGCCAGGCGGCACCGGCGGGCACAAGCUUGCGCUGAAUUAUGCACCUACGCUCCGGCCUACGCACGAUGCCUCGCUGCAAGGAUACAAUCAGAUCCUCUGGCUCUUUGGGGACGAUGACCAUCUAGGAGAGGUAGGACAGAUGAACGCGUUCGUCGUCCUCCGUCGGGAGGAUGGCUCACUCGACGUGAUAACCCCCCCACUGGACGGGACGAUCCUUCCGGGUGUGACCCGCCAGUCCGUCCUCGACCUCACACGCGCUCAUAUGCUCAAUGCUCCCAUUCCCGGUCUGCCAGCGGAGCUCACCCUGCACGUCCAAGAGCGCCAUAUGCCUAUCGCGGAGCUAGUUGAGCACUCUGAGGCGGGCAGAUUAGCAGAGGUCUUCGGCGUAGGCACCGCUGCUGUGCUCGUGCCCAUCAAUAGAAUCGGGUACGGGGAAGAAGGGAAAGAGAUCGCUGAAGAAACAGGUGCGAGCGGAUUCGGACCCGUAGCGAAGGCGGUCAGGGAGGAGAUCAUGGCUAUCCAGGAGGCGAGGAGGACGCAUGUGUGGAGUGUGCCGUGCGACGAGUGAAAGUGUUUUUGUCAUCGGUGUCCGAGCAUUAGAAAAUGG